AUGUCCGAUCCACUCUCUCUUGCCGCUUCAAUUGCUGGAUUAAUAGCACUUUCAACCGGGCUCCUCAAGCUUGCCAACAACGUCCGCGAAACUCUAAAAGAUGAGCCUGCAGAGUUGGUCCUAAACAUCUCCAAGGAAAUAGAGCUUCUUUGCGGUGCUUUAUCCCAUUUACAAGUUUGGAUCAAUGAGCGGGGAAAUUUCCAUUACCAUGGUCAAAACGGAGGGACUCGGAAAGGGAUGGAUCUUAUGCCAGUGAUACACGGCUGUUACUGCGUGGUUCAGAAGAUACAGGACCAACUUCUAACCCUGCAAACGGCUGCUAAACGUACAGGAAUCCUAAAAUUAUUCAUAGCUUUUACUCACAAGGACAAAGUGAAGCAGCUGGAGAAUCUAAGAAAUGAUCUGGAGAAGUCAAAGUCGACACUCAUCUUAUCUCUAACAGUAAGAAACUAUAAUGCCAGCGGACUUCCUGGGAGGACUUCUAGAAGACUUUCGAACACUUCGGAUACACCCCAAGCGAUUGUCGGCAUAGACGACGAAAUUGAUAGAACCGAAGAAUACCAUGGUUUAAACUCCUUCAACAAAUGGUUACAGUCAUUUGCACGUCCGAAAGAUUCAAAAGAAUUAGAAGUAUACCAGGCAAAGAAGAAGAGACAGCGUACUUUGGAGUCUAUAGGUUAUGCCAGCCCGGCCGAAUCUCCUGUCGCUGCUGGCGGUCCAAGACUGAGCUAUUCUGAGGAUUCCUCCUCAACCUCAAAACAGGUCCAUAUUUGUGUUGCAGACUUGAAGCUGGAUGGUGACGAUCAAGCGACGGAAAGCAUCGUUAUAGAUAGGUAUGCACCUGUUUCCAAGCUUAUUGAAAUCCUACAUUCCAAAGGAUAUAAAAGCUUGUGUGGGUUUCAAGCGGAAGACGGGGUCGUCAAGUACGGAGAAAUUACUCCUAUCCGUCGCCCAAUCUUCUUGAGAGUGACAUCAGGACCGCCUUCUUACAACAAGAGGGGAGGGUUUCUUAUCAAUCGAAAUCAAAAGCUCAUCGAUUACUUCAAUGAACUGAUCCAAGAUGAAGAAUCACGAGAAUUCUUGAAAAUAUCUCCGUCAAAAAUCAAUGUUGAAUACAAACUCCACCAAGGCCUUAAAUUGUCACCAAGUCAACAUUAUGGAGCUGGAAUCGGAAGCUUCAUUCAAUUCCAACGGACGCUUCGCCUUCCCGACGACGGGGCUAUAUAUAAGGGAGUGACGGAUUUCGGUUCACUCUCUUUAUUUAACACAUCGGAUUUUAAAGGACGGAUUCCAGAAUCUAUAGCUGCGAAGGGUGGAUAUUUGGUUCCGUUAUUUCAAAGAGAAGCGAUAGCACUAGCCUUUAACAGUACUGGCACACCGCGGCCAGGACUUGGACUUGCACCAGAUGAAUAUCUUGCUAUGAAGGUUCUCGUGGGCUCUAUUAACCUUGUUAGUGGACUGCCAGAGGCUAAACACGCUAUCACUAAUAAGGACUACAUAAUCACACCAAAGCAACGUCGGCUGAAUGGAUUCCAAGUGUCAGAAUGCACUGCCCGCCAGUUGAUAGCAAUGCCCCCUGCGAGAGGGUAUAGUCUCGAACAACAAUCUACAGGAGAGGAAUUUAUCAAGGGACUGCAGCUUAUGGUUGCCGCUCCACUACAGGAGACGCCCCAAUUUCGGAUAUUUCGAACUUUUAAAGAUAUUUUAGAUAGCGACAUAGACGUUGACAUUCUGAAGACCCCGGCAGAUAUUUGUACGGACAGGGAGCAGAUUUUACUAUAUAUACAAGACCCGGAACCAGUAAAAGAGAGUGCCGGAGCUAGAGAAAGUGCCAGAGUUAAUGUAAGAUCAAAAUUGAAAGAAUCCCCCGUUUACGAUUACCCAAGCAGCACCUAUGAACGCUACAAAGGGUUCCUAAACGGCAGGGAAAGGAACGGGUCCUUGAGCCACGAAGAAACGCACGAUGAUCAGAAAUUUGUCCCGAACUCUCCUCAAAAAUUACGAGACCAUCGCGAAACAAUCGUCGAAGAUUUAUUCUGGCAUCAUUCGAGUAGCUUGGACUGUCAACACCCGCAAUCAACGAUUCUUAAACCUCUCUUGGAAAUUAUAUUUCUUUUUCAAGUAACUACCUGCACUGGUCAUGAACUUUUCAGAAAGACUUGCACCACAACUCUCGAGGAAAAAGGAUUCCAUCAGUUCCUUGAUAUAGCCGACUUUAUGGCCAUUAUUUUCGAAAUGGGUAUCGAGAAUUUGAAAAGACGUGGAUUUGAACCUAAGACUCGAGAUCUCACUGUGGAGAUCAAUGGCUCUGAUGCCACAGGUAUUCUGAAGGCAUACAACCCCUACAGAUACGUACCAAUCACUGAUGCCAAAUCGAUUGCUCGCGGUGGUACGAUCAACUUCAUUUUUUCGGCUCCGAUUAUUAACCCCGCUGGAUACCGCUUCCCAUCCGGUAGUUUCGGGCGCGAGACUAGGAAUACUUCAGUUGGAUCUCUCGAAACUUCCAGACGUCGACGGUUGGAUUUUAUGGAAAACCUCGGAUAUAUUUCUCAACCAUUGUCGGUCAAAGGAACAAGACCAGUCAAAUGCAAAGAACAACUCAGCGCAGCGCCAAACCCCGCUUCUUGUACCACUUCCUUGGAUUCGCCAGCCGAGACGCCAUCCCGAAUUCAUUCUCCAGAACCAGAACCAGAAAUAUCUGAGCUCUGCUUUGGGAUACAGGGCCUUGUUUAUCAACGAAUUAUGAAUCCUACUCAUACUACUGUUUGGGAUUGGAAGAAUAGUAAGCUGGUGAAUAUUCAAAUCCUUAAUGCAACAUUCUUUCAAUAUGUGACAGGAAUCACUCCAAUAUGCCGGAUCUCGUUGAGGCUGUCCGACCAAGCGCUAGCGAAUUUAGUGAAGCGGGCUGCCUUUCCAAGGGACAUUAAUGAUGCGCAGGUCAUUCCGUUUAACCUGAAAACCGUAAGCAUGAUCGACUUUAAUACCCCGACCGAAGUUAGCCUUUACUUAAGCCCGUAUAACGUUAAUGGCAGUUGUGCCUGCUGCGAAGUUAACUUUUCCGAUACGAUGUAG